UGUGUUUGAUAAGGUGUCAAAGGGAGCGUGUUUUAAUGUCUUAUUAGUGGGGCGAAGUAGCUGCGGUUGAGGGCCACCUGGAUCAUGCGGAGUUGGAAAGGGGGGAGGGAGGGAGAGAGAGAGAGCGAGAGAGAGAGAGAGAGAGCGAGCGAGCGAGAGAGACAGACUCGCCCCGUUCGGAGCUUAAUUAUCUCUCUUUGCUAACACGGCUAGCCUAGCAAAGUGACACGACUCGAACUCACCGUUUGUUGUUUACAACCGAGCUCGGACUCGCCUGGAGCCCCGCUGUGGAGGAGUCUGGGGAGAAGGCGAGCAGUUACAGCAAUGGCACAGCAGCAUGGCUGUGCCCUUUGUGCCAAAAAAGCCAAGAAGACCAAGCCUCCCUGUCUCAACACCUCACUGAACAACACAGCGUACUUCCAACGUGUGUUGACAAACUGUUAGACAUCUCUGUUUUGAAACAGGGGGUGAGGGAAGAAGAGGACGAAGGUGCUGUAAUAUCUGCAGAGUGCUGAGUUUUGAGAUCCACACAACGAUAGGUCCAGGGCCCAAAAUUAACACUUGCCAGGUGCGAAAUUUGCAGUUUGUACACAAGUGAGACCAUCUGAGGACAUCUGCUCCGAACUCCGCGAGCCUUGUUUGGACGUUCCUCUUCGACAUAACGAGAAGGAGAUGGAUGAAGACAGAAUGUUGGACCAGGAGGGUGGUGAAGCUGAACCAGAGCCAGAAGAUGACAUCAUGGGAGCCAAGCAAACUGCCGCAGAAAAUGAAGACGGUAAAAAUGGCGUGCCUGCUGAAAAUAACGCUCGGUUCAAAUGCAAUGCCUGCCUGGAAACAUUUCCUACCAGAACUGCCCUGAGUGUUCAUUACUACUCUGCAUCCCAUAUUCAGAGAAUGACAACAAUACAAGGUGGGGAAAUUGACCCUCCAGCUCCUUCCGCCUCUAUUCUUUCUCGGCCAUUUGUAUCAAACAAACCCUACCAGUGUGCUAUAUGCCGAGUCUCCUACAAUCAUUCUAUCACCCUCGAGAGCCAUAUGAAAUCCGUCCUGCACCAGACGCGCAGCAGAAAUGCUGUGAACUCAUCUGCCCUUGGUAUUUGUGGAGGCAGCAAUGCCAGUACUCCAAAGACCACAGUGAGCACUUCUACAAGUGGAACCGGCGAGUUGGCGACCACCACCAACUGUGCUACUCUUGGAAGCAUGAUGGUGACUACGGCAAGAAAUGCGGAGCACCUCCAAACAUCACAAGUGGCUCCCUCCCUCAUCACUCCCCCUGUGGCCUCAGCUCAGGCGGUCUCAGCCUUUCUCACCCUCCUCACGUCCAGCCCUAGUGCACUCUCGCACCCUCUCCUCCCCUCCCUGUUUGCACCCAGCCACCCUACUGGUGCCGAUGCAGCUCAGAUUGUGCCUCAGCCUCACAUGGUCAUGCCCUUGAUCUUGAACGGCCUCCAAGCUCAGCAAACCCAGCAGUCUCCUGAGAACCAGCAAGGACAGCUCCUUACACAGUGCGUGCCAUUUGUAGGUCUCAACACAGCACAGCAGGCCCUCUUGACCCAAAGACUUAGUUUGUUACAGAACCAGUGGCCUCCUGUUGCACUUCCAACUAAUACGUCAGAGGUUGUGGAGAGUGUGAAGCAGGAGAGUAUUGAAAAGCCGUCAGAUCAGAUCAGGGAAAGGGAAAGCAUAAAAACAGAUGAACCUGAGGACGAGGGUUGCCCCAAUACAGAAAGCAAAGUGCAAGUUGAGAGUAAUGAAGACGUUUGGAAGGUGCCCGGCGAUAGCAGAACCGUGGCCCAUCAGAUGGAUGUGGAAAAUGAUAAAUCAGUAAGUCCAAGUUUCUCCCCAGUUGCCAUGGAGAAGAGCCUCCAUAACAACCUUUCACCGUCUCCAUCAAUGCCUAGCAACCCAAGCUAUAGCCCUGUACAUUUGAAUCUCACGCUUAGCCCCGAUUCCACUCCCCAAAAAUCACAAGCUGCAACUAGUCCUUGUGCAUCUAUUGGUACGCCCAAAUCAAGCCCACUUUCAAAUGUCUUAAGCAACCAAUAUCGGCUACGUUGCAAUACCGUGGGGUCCAUUUAUCCGGAACUUCCAGUGUUGUCAGAGUUUCAGUCCGAGGUGCUUUGGGCUUUCUUUGAGUCACGAAGUGAGGCUCAUGCUGCUAGUCCUCUCCGCGAGGACUGCGAGGCGCUGGGAAGAGAGGUAGGGCUUUCAGAAGAGGAGGUACGCAAGUGGCUCUGCCAAGCCAGAUAUGUCAAACAGAGACAGAGAGCCACAGAGCUCACGCACCAACAUGGCUCAUCGGGAUUCGCAAAGACCACUCCAAGCAGUGACAAUGACUUUGAUGACGAAGAAAACUCCUUGAUUAUAGCAGAAGAGGAGGAGGAUGCUGACGUGUCAGGUAGUCAGGUAAUAGAUUUGUCUCGUACAAGAGGGUCGCGCAGACAGCGAGGUGUUGGGAGGGAGGGUCAGGGAGAUUCCUGUCUGACUUCUGACUCAGAAAAUGAGGUUUAUACCUCUGUGAUUGUGACAGACGAGGAAAGUCAGAAUGGAGGUUUUCGGGAGUCCCCAGAGAGCCCCGCUAAAGAUGAAGUGCAACAUGAGGUCCAUUGUGAUAAAGUCUCAGUUGGCGGGAAAGUCUUGCGCUCCACAACGGUGUUUCUCUCUGAUGUGGAGGACGAAUAUGAAGAAGAGGAUGGUGGAGGGGCUCAUAGGCCUGGAAAGAAAAAAAGGAAAGGAGAAUUUGAGCAUGAGGUGGAGGUGAAAAGGGAGAGGCUGGAUCCUGAUGUGGACCUCGAGUUGGAAGCCCAAGGGGAUCCCCCAAGUUCACUGCCCUAUUCUCUUGACCAAAUUCCAAGUGGCGGUCUUCACUCACUCCCACUGUCUCUCGCACCGUUCUCUGCACAAUUCCUCAGCCCUUAUGUCCUCUCGCUAACACCAUCAUUAGUUGGGAGCAAAAUACCAGUCUUCUCAAACCCACCUUCCAUCACACGUUUCUCGAGUUCUCUUCUUUCCCAAUCACUUUCUCCCAUGAACCAAUCUUCUCAAUACUUGUCCAAUGGCAGCGACUGUGAGACUGCACUGGACCUUAGUAUGGGAAAAAACAAUUCAUCCUCAUCUCUGGCCGACAAAAUUUCAGCACAGAAAGGACAGUUGCUUGAUGGACUUGGCCUGAGGCCCACGUCUCAAAAUCUGGUCGUUGUUCAGGUAAAACCUGAAUCUCUUACUACCAUGCCGCCUUCGUAUAGUCGUGUGGAUCUGGUCAACAGCAAUAACCUGACAAAGCCCAGUCUUUACACAAGGCCAGAUGAGAAAAUGAACAUCACACUGUGUGAUAACGACAAAGACAAAGAGAAGGAUAAAGAGCAACAGCAAAGAAAGGCCAAAGGGAAAAGGUAUCGCGAUAUGCGGCGUUCCAGGACCAUCAUUCAAGCUGAACAACUUGACAUACUGUAUGGAUGCUAUUUCAAAGAUCCCAACCCUGGAAAACACGAAUUUGAGCAAAUCUCCGAGUGGGUUCAGCUUCCCAAAAAAGUUGUUCAGAUAUGGUUCCAGAACAUGCGAGCGAGGGAACGGAAAGGCGAGGUGCGAUUCAUCAGCGACGGCACCCUGGCAGCAGUUGGCAAACCGCUCAUCAAAUUCACUUGGCCGCUCUCCAAGCCCAUUUUUUCUAACAAGCCCGUUGCAAACAAUACUGGCUGCAUCACAACCGCUCCAAUUGUGCGCACCCUCAUCAAGACUGAAAGCAAACCCGUUGUGGUGAAAAAAAACACUCCUGUUCCAAUCAAGCCCAAGGAAGUGGUUUCUGACGCCUCUGCGGUGAGUAGUGGGGCCUCUGCGAUGCCAAGGACCAAGCUUGAAACCACCAGCAGCGUCACCAUGGUCAAAGUCGCAUCCGGCAUUGUCCCGACCCUUUUAACGCCUCCCAAGGAUCCCGUUCCCAUUGCCCCUCGACUGAAGCAGCAAAAAACAAUUGAGGACGAGAGCGAGGAGGACAAAACAGACGAGGAUGUGGACGACGAGAAUGAGACGGGGCCUAGGAUGACCAACCGCAUGGUGCCCAAGCUGCCCACAACGCCCAUCAAUAACAGGCCUCCUUCCACGACUGUGUUGCCCCAGAAACCAAACGGCCUUAACUACUGGACACCGAAAGUCCCGAUCAGGAUCAACACUCUGUCACGAGAGCAACUUGCUCUUCCCGCUCACGUGCAUCCUCGUACUAUCCCCCCUCCGCCCACCCCCAGCAUUGCACCAGUCAGCCCCAACACCCCUAACUUGGCGAAGGUGGCCCGCUCAUCCACCCCCGUCCUGGGUAAAUCAAGUCCCACGGAAAACAGCUUUCUGGCCCACUCUUCCAGCCGUAGGCCACGCACGCAUUUGUCUUGCCUGCAGCUCUCCAUUCUGCAGUCCUGUUACGAGACCUGUGCCCACCCCAACGCCAUGGAGUGCGAGGCCAUUGGUGCAGAGCUUAACCUGCCCCUCAAGGUGGUGCAGAUCUGGUUUCAAAACACUAGAGCCAAGGAGAAGCGCUGGAGGCUGCAGCAAGAGAAAAUGGGUCCUCAAGCCGGUGGUGGGAAGGUGUUCAUGACAUCAGGAAGUUACCUGCAGUACAAUGCUCUCAAAGCCAACCGUCCCAUCCUGCCCAAACCCGUUCAGCUCACGAUCACGGAGUCUCCCACUUCCCCAGCGGCCGGCCAAACGUCACCCAUCGAGACCCUGACGGGCAGCUGCGAGGUCUGCAAGGUCUCCUUUGAAUCACGGGCGGCCGCGAGGGCCCAUGUCUUCUCGCCGCUUCACCUCGCCAAGCUGCGCACCACUAACUUUGGCCAGCCCACCGCACUCGUCAACAAGAACGGAACUGGCAACGGAGGUUCGGGCAGCGUCAACCUGAGUUUGCAGGUCUGUCAUUCGUCUCCUCCGGUGACCGGCUCCGGUGCUGGUUCUGGAGGCGUAGUCGUUAUCGAGUUGCCUCCAUCCGCGGCCACCAGCAACAGUUAAAAAAAACAAAAAACAAAAAAAACUCAGAUCAGGAUUGGUCUGCACACUGACUAUUUGGACCCAUUUGGGCUCCUCCAAUUUUAAUAAGUUUGAGCACUAUUUCUCACCACCUAACUUAAUUAUUUUUGGUUUUGAAGUUGGCUGUUCGUCCCGUUCACGCAAUAUCCCAUUUUCAAGCUUUUUGAUGACUCGAAUGGACAUGUUCAUCAAGUUCACCGUGAAUUCACACCAAACAGUUCCCAUGCUGCUGCUGAGCUCAUCGGUUUGCUGUGAGUGUUGGAUAAUACUUCUUUAAAUCAUCUCACCUUUCACCCAAACAUUUUUAUUUUCAAUGACCCUCCUACAAAACUCUAAAGGGACUCGACUUUCCAGGCUUGAACUGAAAGAGACUGAUACUGUUUCUCUGCCAUGUCACUAUUUGGGAUAACACGAAAUACUCGCAGUAAUAACUCCCACUUUGCUCCUGUGGAAUAUUUUUGGGGGGGGGGGUGCUUUCACUUCCAGAGCAAAGAUUGCUUGUGUAUGACAUGAAUGGACUGAACAAAUGUGACAUGCGUGUUGACUGUCGCUUUUAUUCAUUUGCUAACGGGAUAUGUGAUCUGAGGAGUGUUGAGUAUACAUCAUUUGGGAUACAGUAGAGGUACUUGAGAGCGAACAGGGCUUUUAAACCCUACCCCUGCCCCCUUUCCCACCCAUGUUUAUAGUUUUCAUGACAAUCCAUACAAAAAACAGGUUAUAGAAAUAGCGAGGAAUCUUGGCAUACCGCACUUUGACACAUAUUUCAUUGUUUGAAAUGUUUUUAAGCAUUCUGAUGCGAGUGUCUUUUUAUGGAAAGAUGCAUUCAUGCAUGUUGGAUGCCUUAAUAUAAAUUGUGAUUUUUAUAUUUUAUUUUUUUCUUGCUAGUCUCUUCAGUCACGCUUUGGGUGUAAGCAUAAUAUUGUGCAAGAACCUUACGGGAAAUGAAAGUGAAAUCAAGCGCUGUUCCCAAUUGCUAAUACACGGGUGGGGGGGGAGUGCAAUGUGAAUGUCAUUCUUUUGAUAUCACAUGAGCAGACCCUGCCUGUUAAAUUGUAACCAGCUUUUUCUCAGCCAAGGACAUAAUGUGUGAUCCUGCGGGUGGGGGGAAGAAAAUUCAAAACAAAUGAUCCUGUGGGUUUCUAUUUCCCACCCUAAUGACCUAUACAAACACUAUUCACAAAAAGUUUGGGAUAUUGGUAUCGGUGGAAAUGUCAGUACUAUAACCUUUUACAGGUGAUCUUAUUUUGAGCUUUUCUAAACUUUUGACCGCACAUGUCCAACUGUUUUAGAACUUUUCCACAACUUGUUUUCUUACAAGGAGCUGAACAGGUGUGUGAGCCAGGAAUUUACUAAUACAUUACCUGAUUGAAUUAGAAUUGGUAGUUAAACAAUCUUCUUCGUCAUCCUAAUAACAUGUUGACAUCAGGAGACCAAGAUGACAUGAACAGUACCUUGCCAUUGUGAGGCAUUCUCAGAGGGAAGUGGCCACUGAUCUUAAGACUGUCACAGAAUGCCAUCAGCAGAUUACAAUGCAUAGAGAGACCGGAAGAGUCACUGAAAGGAAUAGAAUCAGACGUCCUUGAAAUGUCAUGGAUCAAACACCUCGGGUAAAUUUUGCCGUUCAGCACCUUGUUAGGGAACACAAGGUUCUGCAAAAAGUACUGAAACGUGAACAGUUGGACAUUUACCGUGAAGAUAAAAUACACUUCACCUGUAAAGGUUAUUGUGCAUUUUAAGUUAAUCUCCCGAAAAUCCUGCUAUACCUUACUUUUUGUGAGUAGUGUUCAUCUCUGAAGUUCUAAAGUAAGAUGGCCUUAAAAUGUAAAUGCUUAUUGAAUAAAUGUAUUAGAAUUGCUCAGCACGAAAGGUCCCACCAACUAGCUUGGCAAGAUGAGUGUUUAUUCAAUUCCCCCCCACCACCACUUGUUUAGUGACUAGUGCUGGUAAUGCACGUGCCGUGAAAUGGGACGUGAUGUGUGCAAACCAAACAAGGGAGGAAAUUGGCUUUCACUAAUAUCCUGAAGGCCGCUCGUGGAUACUUCAUUCUAGCAAUGUAUUGUUUUGACUGAGAGCUAAUAAGAUGGUGCUGUGUUGAAGGACACGCGACUCACUAAAGAGCUUUUUCCUUCCAUUUGAAUUUGUAUAUUGUUACUAUGGUUAGUUUUAACUCAAAUGCAAAACUAAAAUGUUUUUUAAAAGAUAUAUAUUAAGUGAUAUUCCAAAGUAAUUUUUUUUUGUUUGUUUUAUUAUUAUUGCUUUCAGUCAUUUAAAAAAACAUAACAACCAAAAAGCAAUCAAGAGGUGUUCACAAAUGCAAACUGUAAAGGACAUCCCACAGCUUGACUCUUGCACUAGUCCACUAUAUUUGCACAAGCUACAGACAUUUCAAAAAUGGACACAGCCAUGGAUGCAACGUGACAAGUGACUCGGUGUGUCUUGAAACAAAAAGGGUGGCAAUGUUCCUUCCGACUUCUAAAAAAAAAAAAAAAAAAAAAAAAAAAAAAAAAAAAAAAAAAAGUUUGUCCGUUGGGAAUCAUCUUGUGUGUGAAUCAAGGAUGUGAGUGCUCUGAUGUCAAGACUGGGAUACACACAGACAAACAAACGCGGUGUUGCACUGUCCACAUGAAAUAGGUUUUUACAGAGAUAUGCUUUUAUUAUCUUACAUUUCAUUGUCAAUUUGAUUAUCACUAUUGUUAUAACUGUACUACUACUUAUUCGAUUUACCAUUACUACUCAUGCUGUUUUGAUUAUUACUUAUUGUUGUUUUCAUGCCACCUCUAUGCUCAGACUGAGUAUGGUAUUCCUCUGAAUAUUGAUCAAUAAUAGUGGCAGUGUUGUUAUGUAUUGUUAGACCUCUGAUUAGUCCCCCCCCCCCCUCCCGACCCCCUCCUUACUGUACCUUGCCUUUUUUUUGUGUUUGGUCUCCAUUAUGCUUUCUUUGAUAUACAGAAAAAUAAAAUCAGUUGAACAUGGCAAAAUA